AUGGCGUUGGGUGGUACAGACACCCCUUCGAAAAAGGACUACCCUCUCGAGGAAGAUGCUGCUCUCGGCCGUAGUAAGUCGGUGACAGUUGGCCACACCCAAGAGCUGCGAAAGAACUUCUCCGUCUUCUCCGUCCUCGGCAUCAGCUUCUCGCUCGCCAACUCAUGGUUCGGCAUCUCCACGGCCCUCGUCACGGGCAUCAACUCUGGCGGACCUGUCCAGCUCGUUUACGGCAUCAUUCUCAUCACCAUCGUGUGCGCCGCCAUCGCCGUGUCGCUGUCCGAGUUGGCCUCGGCUAUGCCGGAUGCCGGCGGACAAUACUUUUGGACAAGUCAGCUCGCUAGCAGACGCUACAGCCGGUUCCUGUCUUACCUGACUGGGUGGAUUGCCUGGGCUGGCUCCCUCUUUACAUGUGCUAGUAUUGCCCUGGGGGUUGGAGGCUUGAUCAUGGGUUGCAUCCAGAUGGCGCACCCAACCUUAGUCAUCAAACCGUGGAUGAACUUUGUCGCUUACCAGGUUGUCAACCUCGUCUGUGCCUUGUUCAACAUCUCCAGCACAGCACUACCGGGGGUUACGUUUUUCACUUUGUGGACUUCCAUCAUCUCAUUCCUCGUCAUCAUUCUCACCGUCCCCUGCAAAGCCGACACACAUCAAUCGGCCAAGUUUGUCUUUUCCCAGUUCGUCAACAACACCGGGUGGCCAAGCGACGGCAUUGCAUACAUCGUCGGCCUGAUCAACUGCAACUGGGCGUUCAACGGUCUCGACUGUGCCACACACAUGGCUGAGGAGGUUCUCAACCCGGAGAGAACCAUUCCCAUUGCUAUUCUUGGCACGGUGGGAGUCGGUUUCGUUACGGCUUGGCUCUUUGGCAUCGCCAUGAUGUUUAGCAUCAAGGACUUUGACGCUGUCAGCAGUACACCGACUGGAGUGCCCAUCCUUGAGCUUUUCGACCAGGCACUUAGUAACAAAGCUGGAGCUAUCGUACUAUGCUCUCUGAUUGUGCUUACGGGCUGUGGAUGCCUAAUCGCUUCACACACCUGGCAGGCUCGCCUCUGCUGGUCUUUUGCUCGAGAUAACGGCCUGCCUUGUUCCAGGUAUCUGAGCCAGGUACAGCCGCGCCUUCGUACGCCAAUCUGGGCGCACGUAGCAAGCUGCACCAUCGUCAGCAUCCUCGGCUGCUUGUACCUGGCUUCCUACACUGCCUUCAACAGCAUGGUUACAGCAUGCGUCGUUCUUCUAUAUGCAUCUUACAGCAUUCCGGUGGUUUGUCUCCUCGUCAAAGGACGUUCCAAGUUGAAUCACGGCCCUUUCUGGAUGGGCAAGUUUGGUAUGGUCUGUAACUUUGUCCUCCUGCUAUGGCUAUUGUUCUGCACGGUGAUGUACGCUUUCCCACCUCAGUAUCCGGUCCAAGGCGAUAAUAUGAACUACGUCUGCGUCGUUUACGCCAUCACCUUUGCUGUUCUUAUGGUGUGGUGGUAUGCCCGGGCUCGUGUUGAUUAUCACCCCAUUGUCAAUGUUCAUUGA